CACAAACAGGCGUGUAAUAUUUUGUUUUGAAUUCCGAUCAACCCAGAAAAAUAAAGCCAAGCGUUCUAAAUUACUUUUUUUGAUUGAGUGAAAAGUUAGAGAAUCUAGAACAUCAUGGAAAUGUGCCGAGCUUGUGGCGAAUUUCCGAACACCAAUAAUACGGUGAUGCAGAAUUUGCAAAAGUUCUCCGACAUUUUCUAUAAUCUUACAUCAAUUGAGUUGCGACCGGAAGAGGAUCCCAGGCGUCAACAAAUAUGUGGCGAAUGUCAUGGUAAACUAAUGGACUACAACCAUUUCCGGAAUAUUUGCUUGCAAGUGCAUGCUAAAUUGUUAAACGUUAAACUUGAACCUCAACCAGAAUGCGAACCCCAGAACGAACAAAGCGUGUAUGAGCCAUUCGUAGAAAUACUGAAGGUCGAACCAAUCUCAAUUGAGGAAAAAUAUGAAUUUAGGGAUGAUCUAAACCAUGCGCAAAUUACCGAAGAUUAUCGGAGCGAUCCGGAAAAUUUUGCUGAUGGUUUUGAAGCGUCCGAAAAUGAUUCAUCAGCUGAAGACGAAAACCGUGAAUCAAACAAGACAUCAGACGGAAAGCAACGUAAGCACGAACGUGAUGGAAUCGAAGCUGAAACUCAAAUGACAUAUAAAUGCGAUACUUGUAACAAAGUUUUUCGUAGUGAAAUGCGCUAUCAAGGUCAUCUACGUUCUCAUCAGGGACUGAAACCAGCCGUUUGCAACUACUGCGGCAAGGAGUUUCAAAAAUACAACAACCUAAAGACGCACAUAUCUAUCAAACAUCUUAAAGCCAAUACACGCUAUCCCUGUGACUUUCCCGGUUGCACGUUGACCUACACUACAAAGCAGUCAAUGGAGACGCAUCGACUGCGACACGACCCGAAUUUCAUCCAGCCGGAAAAGAAACGCAGCGUGUGUGAUCUAUGUGGAAAAACCUUUUCGACUAGUGGAGCUCUAAAGAAACAUAGCUUCAUCCAUACUGGCGACAUGCCGUUCCAAUGCUCAAUAUGUAACAAAAAGUUUCCCACAGCACAUAAGUUAAAAGAACACACCAUGAGGCAUGAGGGCAUAAGGAAUCACGUUUGUUCAUAUUGCGGCCUAAGCAAGACGACACGCCAUGAGUUGAAAGUUCAUAUGAAUACCCACACCCGGGAAAGACAAUUCCCAUGCCACGUGUGUGCUCAGGUGUUUUCCACCUUAGAGGGUAUGAACCGACACGUUAAAGUCGUACACUGCGGUGUCAAGGCAUAUCCUUGCACAUACUGCGAUCAAUCGUUUGGUAAGUCAGGGACGCUCAAGCAUCACAUUAUGACUCAUACGGGCGAGAAACCCCACGAGUGUAGAACAUGCGGCAAGAGAUUCAUCCAACUGGUGGCACUUAAAAAGCAUACUAAAACGCACAACCAACAUUUUGUUUCGAAUUUCGAUCCACCAAACGAAAUAAGACGUUCCAUGCAAAUAAACACCAUUUUUAAUUGGCUGAAAAGUGAGAAAGUUUUAAGCAUCAUGGAAAUGUGCCGAGCUUGUGGCGAAUUUCCGAACACCAAUAAUACGGUGAUGCAGAAUUUGCAAAAGUUCUCCGACAUUUUCUAUAAUCUUACAUCGAUUGAGUUGCACCCGGAAGAGGAUCCCAAGCGGCAACAAAUAUGUGGCGAGUGUCAUGGUAAACUAAUGGACUACAACCACUUUCGGAAUGUUUGUUUGAAGGUGCAUGCUAAAAUGAUGAACGUUAAACUUGAACCUCAACCAGAGUGCGUUCCUCAGAACGAAAAAAACGAGUAUGAACCAUACGUAGAAAUACUGAAGGUCGAACCAAUCGCAAUUGAAGAAAAACAUGAAUCUUCCGAUCACCUCGGUCGGUCGCAGACUAUCGAAGACGAUGGAAGCGAUUCAGAUUCUUCGGCUGAUGAGUUCUCAGCACCCGAAAAUGAUUCAUCUGCUGAAGACGAUAAAAGUGAAUCAUACAACAAAUCAGUUGUGAAGCGGCGUAAGAAUAAAAGUGGUGAAGUUAGAGCCGAACCUCAAAUGAAAUAUAAAUGCGAAACAUGUAAUAAGAUUUUUCGUAGUGAAAUGCGCUAUCAAGGUCAUAUACGUUCUCAUCAGGGACUGAAACCAGCAGUCUGUACCUACUGUGGCAAGGAAUUUAAAAAAUACAACAGCCUAAAGACGCACAUAUCUAUCAAACAUCUGAAAACCAACACGCGCUAUCCCUGUGACUUUCCUGGCUGCAAAUCGACCUUCACAGUGAAGCAGUCAAUGGUAAUGCAUCGACUUCGACACGACCCAAAUUUUAUUCAGCCGGAGAAGAAACGCAGCGUUUGUGAUCAAUGUGGAAAAACUUUUUCAACUAGUGGAGCUUUGAAGAAACAUAACUUCAUCCAUACUGGCGACAUGCCGUUCCAAUGCUCAAUAUGUAACAAAAAGCUUCCCACAGCACAUAAGUUAAAAGAACACACCAUGAGACAUGAGGGUAUAAAAAAUCACGUUUGUCCAUACUGCGGCCUUAGAAAGACGACACCUCAUGAGUUGAAAGUUCAUGUGAAUACCCACACUCGGGAAAGGCAAUUUUCGUGUCAUGUUUGUGCUAAAACGUUUACCACCAUAGAAGGUAUGAACCGACACGUUAAAGUCGUACACUGCGGUGUCAAGGCAUAUCCGUGCACAUUCUGCGAUCAAUCCUUCGGCAAGCCAGAUACGCUCAAGCAUCACAUUAUGACUCAUACCGGCGAGAAACCGCACGAGUGCGGAACAUGCGGCAAGAGGUUCAUUCAACUGGUGGCACUUCAAAAACAUAGCAAAACGCACAACAAGCUAAUUAGUGACGCGGAGCAGCCAGUGCAACCUUGUUCAACGGUUCCUGCCCCACAUCCCGCUUUGAUGGCUACCGGUGCAUCCAACAUGCUGUCCAGUGAUCACUCAUCAACGAUUACCUCUUAUGAAAGUAUUGGAGGAUAUGUCGACUAAGUGUUUGAAAAAAUGUUCCCAAUAGUGGGACGGCCGUAUACAUUGGAUCAGUGGACAGACUUCUUAUCAUAUCCAAUGUGUGAAUUACAAAUCUGAUUGUGCCCCGAUUGGUAGGCUUCUGAAAGAAACUGGCUUCCAAAUAUGAACAAACGGUUUUUGGAAAAGAGCUCAGUCAAAAAAUGUGAACUAGCCCAAGCAAACACUGAUGACCAAAUUGAUAGCAAACUGAGACCAAAAUAAAGUACCUAUAUACAGCAAACUGAAAUUGUGGUUUAUGUCGAACGUUUUACGAAAGCAAAACUAGGCAUUGUUGAGGUUUCAUUUGAAAGCAAGCUGAUACCAAAUUUAGAUAUCAACAGCCAACUGGAAAAUUUUUUAGUGCAGACUUGAGUCAUAGGGCAUGUGGAACGAAUACGACAAAACGACUGGUUCGACGAAGAGUAUAGGAAGGUGACGUACGAAGAGAACGCCGCGCGGGCACGAGACGUGGAAAAUCAUUGACAGGAGACGUGGAGUAGUUCGAAAAGCUGGAGCAGCUGCAUCGUUACCAGGGGACACAAAUGUUAUAUCAGAAGCUCAACGUAUCCCGCAAAGGCUUCGUGCCCCCCACGGGCACGAGACGUGAUUAUAGCUCGAGGAGGACCCUGCGCACACUCGAAAUAUUCGAGCGAGGAGUGUUAAGAGCCAACUUUGGUGGCGUGCAGAAGAACGGAAGGCGAAGGAUGAGCCAAGGACUCGCGCGAAUCUACGGCUAACCCAGCAUCCAGAAGGCGGCGAAGGCUGAACGGAUAUGCCGGGUAGGAUAUGUUGCGCAAUCAGGGGCGCAACGAGCGAGGUUGUUAGACCAAGGGGAGCGUGAUCUAACGAAUGUAGGAUACCCGAGAAGUUGGAGAACGGUUGCCACAUGGGCCGAGUGAAUUGAAUGAGUAUUGUCGACGUGGGACGGAAGACCAUGCAAAUAAAAUAAUUGAGUUUGAUAGCAAAACUAGACUUCAUUGUUAUAUACAAAAUUUUAAUUAAAUUCUCCUAAGAACAAAUUUAUCGUAUAACUAGCUGACCCGGUAAACUUCGUUUUACCUUCUUAAGUAUAAAUCGUAAUAAAUGAUUAAUUUUAUCUACACGUCCUUAACUGCAUCGUUCUCGCGAAUAGAAUCUUAUGAAAAUCAUAACAAAUAAAGUUGAAUUUGUAUUGGGAAAACCUUUCAUAAAAAGUGAGAUCCUUGAAACUAUUAUACAAACCAUAUCUGACCCAAAAACCCCUCGGAUACCAAAUUUCACUUCAUUCCGACCGACCAUUCAUACGUGAUGUUGUUACAAAGAAAAUGCCUCCAUUUUUUAUAUAUAAGAUGUGAAGAAGAGAUAACUUUGUAUGGGGACCCCCCUUUCAUCAAAAGUGAGAUUCUCGAAACUAUUAUACAAACCAUCUCUGGCCCCAAAAACCCUCGGAUACCAAGUUUCACUUCAUUCCCACCGCUCGUUCAUACGUGAUGUUAUCACAAAGAUAGCGCCUCCAUUUUUAUAUAUAAGAUUCUAUAAUCAAUUUAGUCUCAAGUUUUAAUUUAGGAUAUAACAGUGAUGCCUAGUUUUGCAAUAAAAUUUAAGUCCACACUAUAUUUUGCUUUCAGUUUGCUUUUCAUAUCUUAAUUUGUUCUUUGAUCUCGACUGUCGCAAAACUGAUCUCAUCGAUAGUUAGGUACUGGUGUGUUGGAGGUUUGGGCACACGCAUUCUUCAGGAAUAAAAGAAGAAAUAAAGCUACUUACGAUUUAAUUCUGAUACCCUCA